AGAUGAAGCCACCGCGCUAUCCCAAGAAAGUUCCCAUGGAAGAGGAUGAUGCGUCUCCACCGGCAUGGUCGCCCAAUAUGGAGAACGGCCAAGGGCAGAGUGGCAAUUUCCUUGAUAGAUGUAACUACUGCAGAAAGAUCCUUGGCGAGAAAGAUAACAUUUAUAUGUACAGUUCGUUGCGGGCAUUUUGUAGCCCUCAGUGCCGUCACAGACAAAUUGUUGUGGACACGGUCAGGGGAAAGAUUGUGUACCAGUCGACCACAGAAACCGUGGCUUGGAAGAGGAAGAUGAACAAUGUGAUCAAUCAAUGAGGAGUCUUCAACAAUGAAAAUAGAAAAGAGCCAUAGCUAUAGCGAAUAGCACUACAUUUGCAUGCAUGGCUGUCCAUUUUUCAUGAUAACCGUGCCUUUUUUUUUUUUUUUUUUUUUUUGGGAUUAAUUGUUCAUCAAAAAUUUUAUUAAAACGAGCUACAAUUUGCUUAUUAAUUCA